AUGUGUGAAUCGUCUUUGAACGGUGAUUUUGUAAUUGUUUCUUAUCCGGGAUGCGUGAAAAAUGUUGAAAAAGCACUUGAAACUCUAGGUGGAUUGCAAACAAUUUCAUCGAAUCAUAUAUCUGGCCGACCACUGGAAUUACGACAUCAUCUAGAAAAUCCGUAUGCUAGUGCACUGAUAUCGGAAAGAAAAAAGUCUGAAAAAUAUUCAUUAGAUGGACAAUUACUUGCUGUUAUAAAAAUUCGAAGGAAAAAAUCUGAUCGAAAUGUUGUUGAAUCAAAGAUUCUUGGCUUUGUUUAUACCAUAUACACAUUUUCCACUUUAUUUGAUUUCCAGUAUUUACCUUUACGAAAAAAUAAUCCCACCGACAAACACUAUGAAGACUUGGUUCCAAAAAUAAUUCCUCCUGAUUUGUCGAGUGCUAUUAAUUGGUGGGACAGAUCCGAUGAAAAGCUUGGUACACCGUUGUUUUUACCACCUUUUCAGUUUUCGAGGUAUAAUAUGCCAAGCAGCAGACUUUUUUGUAAAGAAACUGUUUUUGUAUCUGAAAGAAUUCAAUCUCAGGUUAAAACAGGUGGUUUGAGGAACGAAAGAAAAGCACUUUCUGUAACAGUUCAAGCAACAGAUAAUUUCCCAUGUGCACCUUCCGAAGAAGCCGUUAACGAUGCUAAUUUCAGGUGCAAGGAUGAAGAAUUACAUCGUUUAUUGCAAGAAAUUUUCGAGGAGAGGCCCUUAUGGACGCGAAUUGCUAUUGUAAGGAAGACCGGUUUAGAUGAACCUACAUUAAGGGUACUACUUCCAAAAUUUGCUUUUUAUGUAUCGAGUGGUGCAUGGGGACGAUGCUGGUGCCGUUUCGGAUAUGAUCCAAGAAUAGAUCCAGAUGCUAAAAAAUAUCAAACUAUCAUGGUCACUUUUCGAUUACAUUCUAAAAUUCCUGAAAGACAACGGCUGAAGGUGGCCUGCGUAAAGCUAUUAGAAUGGCUUAUUUUAAAAUUUUUUUUAGGUAAACUUCCACAUGUUCGUCAAAUGUGGUAUAGUAUCUGCGACAUAAAACUACCAUUUGCUGAGGAGGUACUCCCCAAAAUUAUCAAAGAUUUGUUCGAUAGUAGAAAAACAAGUGAACAAAGUUAUAUUGUUAAUUUAUUCAUUUUGCCACAAGAAUUUUGUUUGAAUUUUUAA